CGAACUAAAUGCUUCAACAGUUUGCUCUUGCGGCUGGGGAUUGCCAGUCAAGAAAAUAACAAUUCUAAAGCCAACGAGCAGCUAAUUACAAGCACAAACAUCUAUAAGCAACGACAACUGUGUAUAUAUAUACAUACCCAAACGAUUAGUCGACUGUUUCUCUGACAAUUUUUCAAUUGCGUUGUCAGCGCCAUUUUGACAAUUAGGCAGCUGGAAAUAUGAAACUUUUUCUACUGCUGGCCCUUGUGGCCAUAGCUGCCGCAACAGAGGAUGAUCUGCACAUGCUUAGCGAAGAAUUUAUGGAGCUGGUGCGCAGCAAGGCCAAGACAUGGACGGUUGGCCGCAACUUUGAUGCAACCGUAUCGGAACACCAUAUACGCGGCCUGAUGGGCGUACAUCCCGAUGCGCACAAGUUUACAUUACCCGAAAAAAACCAAGUGCUGGGCAAUCUUAUAGAGGAGGAUGGCGGCGAUCUGCCCGCAGAGUUUGAUGCGCGCACUGCCUGGCCCAACUGUCCAACGAUUGGCGAGAUCCGUGAUCAGGGCUCCUGCGGCUCGUGCUGGGCUUUUGGUGCUGUCGAGGCCAUGUCCGAUCGUGUUUGCAUACACUCGAAUGCCACUGUUAACUUCCAUUUCUCGGCCGAUGACUUGGUGUCCUGUUGCCACACCUGCGGCUUUGGCUGCAACGGCGGUUUUCCCGGCGCUGCAUGGAGCUACUGGACGCACAAGGGUAUUGUUAGCGGUGGCUCUUAUGGCUCUAAAGAGGGAUGCAGGCCCUAUGAAGUUGAGCCGUGCGAGCAUCACGUAAACGGCACACGGCCACCCUGCCACAAUGGCAACACACCCAGCUGCACGCACAAGUGCGAAUCUGGUUACUCUGUCGAUUAUGCCAAGGACAAGCAUUUUGGUGCAAAGGCAUAUUCGAUCAAUCGCAAUCCGCGUGAUAUUCAGCGCGAAAUCAUGACUAAUGGACCAGUGGAGGGUGCCUUCACAGUAUACGAGGAUUUGAUUUUGUACAAGACUGGCGUCUAUCAGCAUGUCCAUGGCCGGCAAUUGGGCGGUCAUGCCAUACGCAUACUCGGCUGGGGCGUUUGGGGCGAGAACAAGGUGCCAUACUGGCUAAUUGGCAACUCGUGGAACACCGACUGGGGUGAUAACGGUUUCUUCCGCAUAUUGCGCGGCGAAGAUCAUUGCGGCAUCGAAAGCGCCAUUUCCGCGGGUCUGCCCAAAUUGUAAGCGCUCCAAAUGUCAACCAAUUGCUUUUAUUGCCUAUUGUCUAUUCGUUUUAAAUGAUAAUAUACGUUUUCAAUACAGUUA